CCUAAAACAGCUGAUGCUGUUGUUUUGAUAAAAAACAUUUAAACUAAAUUUAUAAAAUAAUUAUUAUUUAGCUAACUAAUUUACUCUAACUAAAGUUAAAAUAAUGUUAUUAACACGUUUAAUAACAAAACUCAAAACCAACUAUAAUACUAAGCUACAAAGCCAGCUACGUUAUGCCAGUUAUAUACAAGGUCAGGAACCGGAACCAAAAAUACGAGAAUAUUUCUACUAUAUCGAUCAUGAAGGAAUGUUAUUCUUAGAUGAUGCCAGAAUGAAAAAUUUCACUUCUUGUUUUAAAGAGAAAAAGUUUUUAAAAUUUUUCUUUGAUCGUGUUAAGCUAAACGAAACGCAACGUUAUAGAGAAGAUUUUCCCUAUUUAUCGCCUUGUGGUAGAGAACGUAAUUUUAUAAGAUGUGAUGAUACUCCUAUAGUGUUUACACAUGUUAUUGAAAAUUCUGAAGGACCAGAUAAACUGCAUUACAAUCAUGCUGGCGAAAUUUUACAAGUUGACUUUCAACCAACAAAAAUCUAUAUGAAUCCAGAAACGGGACGUGUUUAUCAUCCGGCUUGGCCGAAAGUGGGUAAUAUUGGUUUAAUCAGAUCGAAAUUAUCCAUAGAAUUGAGUAAAUAUUUUGAAUUUGAAGAAGGUGAACAUAAUGCACCUUCACAUAUUUGGUGGAAAGGUAAAAAACUUUUAUUACAAAAUGAUUGGAUCGUCAAUACACAACGUUAUGGUAUAAACUCUAAUAAAGAAAUACAAUAAUGAA